GUUACCAGUUCCAUUUUUACCUCUUAACUCCAAUCAAUCCCCCUGGCUCCAUUUCCUCCCAGUGUCACUCAGCCAAGAGAAUUAUGAUGAAAGCCCAGGGAUAUUUCAUUUUCAUAUUAUCUAAAAAUUAGCUUUUUAUUUUAAAAAUGUGGGCAGACACACUCUCCCCUUCCCAGAGCCUCACUGUACACCCUAGGCUUUGAUUAACUCAGGGAUGAAAAUGACAGUUCCCUGUGAGGUAAGGCUAAAGUGCCAACGUUGAAGUCCCCAGGAGUGAUACAGCUACCCUGCAGGGCGUCUGCCUAUGGGACAAUUUUAAUGAGCCUUCAGCUGGCCUAAGACACUUCUGUCCACAGGGAAUGCCCAGGGAAGGAUUUAGAAGGUCAUUGCAGUGUCACUAGUAGCUGCAGCUCUGAGAUGCUCUCAGAUGCCUCUCAGGUCCAUCAUGUACACCCUGCCGUGUUCCUCGCACUUGAACACAGCAUGCUAAAGGAUCUUGCUGGAGUGCAGAUUCUGAUUCGGCAAUUCUGGGCUGGGGACAGAGCCCUCACAUGCUCCCAGGAGCUGCUAGAGCUGCAGGCAUGUGGACCACACCCUAAGCACAAGCACGAGGGCACACCUGGGUACAACCUCAUCCCCUCAGCAGUUUCUUUUGCCUCUUUGUCAUCCCAGCUGGACACCGGUAAAACCUUCCAGGCUGUCAUGAGGUUCGACACCGACGUGGAGCUCACUUACUUCUACAAUGGGGGCAUCCUCAACUACAUGAUUCGCAAGAUGGCCAAGUAGGCCCUCCUGUUUCUUAGGAGACCUGCACGUGGUGCCGCCCCCAGGGAGGAAGCAUGCCGCUAGCCAUCUGAGGCCCUGGCGGAGAAGCCUCCUGCUGCCUCUACGAAUGGGUGCUGCUUCACAGGCUGAACGAGGGCACACUGGGGUUCGGUGCUGUUCCUGUAGGCACAAAUCCAGAAGUUUCUCUGUUCUCUAUUUUUGUUAGUCUUUUUACUAGAAUUUGGAAAUUAGAAUGGUGAGAACAUCAGUAGUGCCAGAAAGAGAGAACCAAACUCAUCUUUGAAGUUACUGAUCACAGAAGGUUGAUUUUUCACUCUUAUCUAUUAAUCAUCAGCUGAACACAAGCAAGUAUUCCCAGAGGAUGUCUCCCAUCCUUUUUACUGUUCCGUUCUGUUAUCCUCCGAGAAACCUUUCCCUUGACGGUCAUUUCCUCUGCACAUUACACCAGUGUUAACUGACAUAAGAACUUUCUCACUGUGAAUCAUAGUAGUGAUUGUGAUUCUCUCUCCUCUCCUGUUUUGUUCAGAGUGAAUGAUGGAAACAGCUCAUGGACAGAUCAGAUGUUGAAAUUCUUUGGUUAUGUACCCUUUGAUCAAGUCAACAUUUAAAAAAAUGAAGUUUUCCUUUUACUGUCUCCAGAAAUUGUCCCCAGAAAAAUGUUUCAUUUGCCAAGAGGAAACCUUUGUUUAAAGGUGAUUUGGGAGAAAGACACAGAAUAUUGCUCACUUGUGUAAGAUUAAAUCUAUUUUCAAGGAAAAUUU